UAAUUCAAUAAUACUCGCACGUGGAUUUUUGUUGAAAUGUUUUAUUAAAAUACGACUAAAACUGAUAAAAUGGACGCUUACGAUAUAUUUAAGAAACUAACCAAAGGUCUAACCUUCAAACAACGCGUUUUAGGCGUUAAAAACAACCAAAUUGCAAAGCCUUCACCGGUUAAGAAAGAGGAAGCAUUGGAGAUUAAGGAGGAGUUACCCAGUGAGGAUGAAGAUGAAAUUCAGAAUGCAAGCGCCGGCAGCGAAGCAAGUGAUGUAGAUUCUGGCGAUGAGAAGGAACUACAACUGUUGGAAGGAGUUAAAGUGGGAGAAAAAAGGAAAAAGAAAAAGAAGGAGAAAACGGAGGAUUUGCUUAAAAAACUGGAAAUUGAAGAGCAUAAUCGUUUCCGCAACGAACAUGGCAUCAAAGUGGUUGGUCGUCACGUCCCAGCAGCUCUGCAAGACUUCUCCGAGCUUGUGACCAAGUACAAUGUGAAACAGGCACUUGUGGACACUGUGAUGAAGUGUGGGUAUGAUGAGCCAACACCGGUGCAGAGGCAGGCGGUACCUUGUAUGAUGGAGGACCGCCAAAUCCUAGCCUGCGCGCCAACUGGCUCUGGCAAGACCUGUGCUUUCCUUCUGCCCAUCCUGCACACACUCGGAGCCUCACAAGGAGGCCCCCGGGCCCUAGUGCUCUGUCCCACCAGGGAACUGGCACACCAGAUAUACAGGGAGGCGCUCCGGCUGAGCGAAGGCACAGAGUUAAGAUGCAGCGUUGUGCGGAACAUGAAGGAGAGCAAAGUGAAAGAGCGGGAGGCCACUAUAAGGAGGAGCGAUAUUGUUAUCAGCACGCCAAACAGAUUAUGCUACCUACUCAACAGGGAUAACGUGAAUAUCUCCCUUGACAAAGUCCGUUGGCUAAUAAUCGACGAAGCUGACAAGCUAUUUGAAGGCUCAGCCGACGAGCAGUCCGACUUCAGACAGCAAAUGGAGCAGAUACUAGCGGCCUGCGGCGGCAAACAGCGCCGUAUAGCGAUGUUCAGCGCUACGCAUACACCCGCUGUGGCGAAAUGGUGCCGACAUCAUAUGAGGGGGCUUGUUAAUGUUACUGUGGGACAGAGAAAUGCAGCGACAAACCUGGUGGACCAAGAACUGUUGUACUGCGGCAAUGAGAACGGGAAACUGGUGGCAUUUAGACAACUAGUACAGCAAGGAUUGAAACCUCCCGUUCUAGUGUUCGUACAGAGUAAAGAUCGAGCGAAGCAGCUUUUCAAGGAGCUCAUAUACGACGGAAUCAACGUAGACGUCAUACAUGCGGACAGAACUCAGGCACAGCGUGACAACGUAGUCCGGAGCUUCCGCGUAGGCCGCGUGUGGGUGCUGAUCUGUACGGAGCUGAUGGGUCGCGGGAUCGACUUCCGGGGCGUCAACCUGGUCAUCAACUACGACUUCCCUCCCUCCGCCAUCGCCUAUAUACACAGGAUCGGUCGCGCCGGCAGGGCGGGGCAGAAGGGGCGAGCCAUCACCUUCUUCACACAAGACGACGUCGCCAAUCUUAGAAGUAUCGCAUCAGUGAUGAAGCAGUCGGGCUGCGCCGUCCCCGACUACAUGCUGGCGCUCAAACAGAACCCUAAUAAGAGGAAGAAACUCGCUAAAAAGGCUCCGAGGAGAGACGAGAUUUCUACUAUUCUGGGGAAGAGGCCAGACAAGAGGAAACUAGAAAAUGACAAGGAGUCAAAAGACGAUAAGACUAAAAAUAAAAACACAAACGCCAAGAGAAGAAAGAUAGAGAAGACAGAGAACGGAGAACCGAAAAAUAAAAAACAAAUGAAAAUGGCCAAGAAAAACAAAAAUAAGAUGAACACUAUGAAAAAGAAUAAAAAGAAGACUAUAGUUCAUAAAAAAGUUAAAUGAAAUCCUAAU